AUGGGCGCAAAACGAUCUCACUCCGAGGUAUCGGACGUCGCGAUGCAGGAAGUCUCCGACCAGCGCCAUGACUCCCCGGCGACCUCUGAAAAUGGCGGCCAGCCUGCGACGAAGCGGUCCAGAACCGGUCCUGGUGCCACGAAGAAAAAGCACAAGGCCAAGGAGGGCACGACGGCAUGGAAUAAGACACGAGCGCGUACAAUUAGGAGGUUGUUGCAGAGCGGCAAGGAACUGCCGGCUACGGUGCGAAAUGAUCUGGAGCAGGAACUGGAGGCACUGCAGGAGAGGGUGGGAGAGCACGACUUCAAGAAGAAGAGGAGCCAUAUGAUUCAAAAGUACCACAUGGUUCGGUUCUUUGAACGGAAAAAGGCGGAAAGACUCCUCAAGCAGCUCCGUAAGAAGAUCGCACAGUCAACCGACGAGGAGGAGAAGAAGCGGCUCGAAGCUGAGGCGCACGUGGCUGAAGUUGACGUCGCCUAUGCCCGUUUCUUCCCCCUAAUGGAGCGCUACGAGAGUUUGUAUCCCAACAAGGACAAGGACGGCAAUGCCGACGACACGAAGACGGACGAAAAGUCGGAGGAGCAGCCCUUCAAGCAGCCCAAGGCCUUGCGCGCGCUCCACGCUGAGAGACCCAAGAUGUGGGCGACAAUCGAGAAGACGCUCCCCGGAGGUGAGACGGCGCUAUACAGGUUACGAGACCGCAAGUCGCCGACAGAUACCGGUGCUGCGCCAGGCCGACCGGCGAAGAAGAACAUUCCCAAGAUCAACAAGGCCAAGGCUAGCUUCCCAGCAGAGCAGCACCACCACCAUCACAAGGACAGGGCAGUGAACUGGAAGUCUGAAGGAAAGGCACGGAAGUGGCAGGCUCCGGCGCAGCAGGACGAGGACGAGGAUGAUGGCACAGGUUUCUUUGAGUGA